AUGAUUGGCUUCUACGGUGACGGCAAGGACGACGUGGGUGACGGCAGGGACUGCGGUGAGGGAGGCGACCCCCGGAGUCCCUGCAGCGGGGUCUCUGUUGGCGGUGUAGCUGCUGGCGGGGUCUCUCUGCUGGCGGUGAAGCUGCUGGCGGGGUCUCUCUGCUGGCAGUGUAGCUGCUGGCGGGGUCUCUCUGCUGGCGGUGAAGCUGCUGGCGGGGUCUCUCUGCUAGCGGUGGAGCUGCUGGCGGGGUCUCUCUGCUGGCGGUGUAGGUGCUGGCGGGGUCUCUCUGCUGGCGGUGUAGCUGCUGGCGGGGUCUCUUUGCUGGCGGUUGGGGCGGCGGAUAGCAGGUGGGGCAGCGGGGAAGAGGAGGUGCGGCGGAGUGCUGCUGGUGCUGCUACUGACGGACGCGGGUGCCGCUGGCGUUAUCGCUGCUAG